ACAGUCAGUGAAACUAUUUGUACUUACCAGACUGUUGUCGCCGAUUCUAAUUCUACUUAGCCUCCUUCUCCACAAAACCCUAAUUCCUCUUAUUCACCAUUUUUAUUUCACAUUCACACAUUCAUGGCUGGACCAAACGACCCCAAUGAACCCACAUUACCCCCGAAGCGUAAGUCCGAUCCUGAUCUUCUAGAUCUCCCAUCCAAAAUUGCAAAGCUCGCUACUCCCGGCCUCAAACAAACCCACGAACCCCAACCUAGUGCUGACCACUGCACUUCCCAGCCUCCCACUUCUUCCUCCGACCCUAAGGAACCCGACAAAGACGACAAAGAAAUCCAAAACGACGACGUCGAAGAAAAGAACCCCCAACACGACGACGAGGAGCACCAAAACGACGACGAGGAUGAAGACGACGAUGACGACGACGACGAGGAAGAGGAAGAGGACCGAAAGGGGAAAGGGAUUUCGCGUCAAGACAAGGGAAAAGGGAAAAUGGUACAAGAAGACGAGGAUGAUGAUGAUUCCGACGACGAUGAUGACGACGCUUCCGAUGACGACGGAAGUGACUUCUCCGACGACCCGCUCACGGAGGUCGAUUUGAAUAACAUUCUGCCGUCCAGGACUCGGGGACGGACAGGGGCGGCGAGUGCAGGAGUGCGCAUUUCUGAUGACGCGGGGAAAGCGGCCGUAGGCGGCCUCGGCGAUGAUGAAGACGAUAGCGACGACAGUGAUGCUUGAGUUCUGCACAGGUUAGUGAGGGUUUUUCUGGAGUAAAGAGAUAUAGCUUUGUCUACAGUGAGAAAGAAGAGUUCUUUGUUUUCUUCGCGCACAAUGCGCUUUUUGUUCAGAAAUUCUGCUCAGAUAAAUUUGUGCAAGUGCUAGAUGUAGCCUUUUUUUUCUUUUUAACUUUGCCGUUCUUGGUAGGUAGUGUAUGGAUAGUGAUGUUUUGAGGUAAUUGGAACGAACACUAAACUGAGAGAGAA